AAUUCGGGUAGCCCCACUCAGCUAGUGGCGAAUUUUGUCACAAUUGAGCAGUGCCCGGAACUUGUUGUGUGUCAGUACCAUGUCGAAUUCAAACCCGACAUCGACUCAAAAAACUUUCGGCACGCUAUUCUCAAACAGAAGAGCAUCCAGGAUGAAAUAGGGAACGCCUUCAUUUUCGACGGAAUGAUUCUAUACAUAGUAAGCAGCUACAAUUAUGAGGGAAAGUAUUCCGCUGUCCAUCCAAGCACAGAGCAACCAGUCACUGUUUCACUCAAGGCAUCUGUGCGAUUCAGUCAGAAUGAUUCGCAAACUAUAAAUUGCUACAAUAUCAUUAUCCGCAGUUGCCUUGACAUGGUCGGACUGAAACGCUUGGGUCGGAAUCAUUUCUAUGAGAAGCAGAAAAGCAAGCUUCGUGACUACAACAUGGAAGUGUGGCCAGGAUUUGAGACUGCCGUCCGCCAAUACGAGGAUCAACUGAUGCUCUGUAUUGAAAACCGUUUCAAAAUGAUUCGAACUGAAUCAGUGUGGGACGUGAUGAACUAUGAGCUGGAGAAAGUGAAUAAAGACAUUGAGAAGUUCCACAUGAAAAUGGAGGAACUAUUCGUCGGAGAAACAGUUUUUGCUCGUUAUAAUAACAAAAUGUAUCGAGUAUCUGGGAUUGAGUACAAUAUGUCACCUGACUCGACAUUCACUUUGAAUAAUGGGUCUGUGACUACAUUAAAAAAUUAUUUUGAGAACCAGUACAGCCUUAUCAUCAGGGCUAAUCGUCAACCUGUGCUGAUUAGUGAAGGAAAAAGCAAGCAGCCAAAUGGUGCGCCACAGUAUGCCUACUUGCUACCGGAGUUAUGUUACCCGACUGGCCUCACCGAUGCUAUGCGGAAAGACUUCAAGCACAUGAGGGAACUGUCAAGGCACACACGAUUAGAUCCUGAAAAGAGACGUCAGACGACCGAAACGCUGCUGACAAUGAUUCACAACAAUGAGAAGUGCUGUGCUUUGUUGGAGCGCUGGGGUAUCCAUUUGGACAGAAGGCUCGUCUCAUUUAAAUCCAGAGAACUGGAUCCAGAGAGGCUCUUUGGACUAGAGAAGGGAGGAUACCUUGGAUAUCGAGCCGAAUGGGCUAAAAGCGUGCGAAAUAAUGGAAACUUUCGCGGUGUUACCUUGCGGAAUUGGGUGGUGAUUACACCAAACACCGCGGAGGGGGAUCGCCUUUCCACCUUGUUCAUUGAUGAGGUUAAACAAGUCGGAGAAGUGAUGAGAAUUCAAGUCAAUUACCCAAUGUUACAAAUUUGCAAGGAUUCGUCUCCAGCGUCCUACCACGAAGCCGUAAGAGAGGCGAUUGCAAGAGCUGGACGGCAGCCCAUACACAUGAUAGUUCUGAUACUGUCAGAUGACAACAAGGCUCGAUACGAUUCGCUUAAGGGCUGGCUCUGCUCGGAAACGAAUAUUCCCUCUCAGUGUGUGCAAAUGGGUACGCUACGUGGACGUCACAAUGACGGAGGUCGCAAUAAGAACUUUGGAUCAAUUGUUCUUAAGAUUGUUCUUCAAAUGAACUGUAAAAUGGGUGGCGCUCUUUGGAAGGUCAACAUUCCGGUAUGUGGUACUUUGCACUCAUUAACUAAUGCUUCUCGCAAUGCUUGUCAGUACCGCAGUAUU